AACGUUAGCCGGACAUCGAGGCAGGAAAUCGUAAUCGAUAUCCCGCGGUAUUAGAAGCCGCGUAUCCGAUAAAAUGGCAAGAUGGAGGUGGAGGAGAGUCAGUCACAUCCCCGUCUAAGCUAGAGGCCCCUUUUACAUUCGCCUGCCUAUAAAGUUCUUCUGGUGACCGCGCGCCCGCCUCAGAAACGCUCCACCCUUGAGCGCAUCGACCAGAUAGCUGCUUUCUUCUUUGCACCAUGAAAUUGCAGAUUUUCCUGAUUACCGUUCUUCCGGUAUGCCUGGCACAAUUCACUAUUCAGGGAGCCAGCGACGGGAAUCGGGUCUCUCAAGGUCUUAGGUAUAGCGAGGAGAAAGGGAUCGAGUAUACCGAUCAAAGUGCAUCGUUAGGAGCUGGCGAUUUUACGAUUCAAGGUGCAACCGAUGGCAAUUCGGAUUUCAAAAUCCAAGGUGCUACCGAUGGACAUUCAAAUUUCCAAAUUCAAGGCCCUUCUCAAGGUGCCAUAUCUACGUUCAACGUUCAACCACCUACCGAUGGACACAGUCAAUCGAUUAUUCGAGGACCAUACGAUGCGAAUCAGCAGGCUGCGACGAAAUCUCUUCAGUACAACGAUCCCAGUGGAUUAAGAGUCAAUUGGAAAUCAUACAAUCACGAUCGACAACCGAGAUUACAUCAGGCACAAACGGAAGCACAUUAUGCCGAGCCAGCUGCCCAACGAGCUCCACCUCCGGUUCAACAUCGUCCACCAGUUCAACCACCAAUUCAACAACCUUCUUACAGACCUUACAACGAUGCACCAGCUCAGAUCAAACAGUUGCUUCAAUUCCAAGCUCAAAUACCAUACGUCAAUGCCAUACCCGAACAGUUUAGAUACGAUCAUUUGGCAGCUGCACAAGCACAGGCACAGCAAGUACAAGCUAAAUUCCAACAAGAGGCUCCAACUCCGGAAUAUCGUGGUACCAAACCUCGUGGAGGUCCAUCCAGACACCGAAGACAAGCACCUCAACAUCCUCAACAUCCUCAAGCUCAACAACCAGUUCAACAGCCACAGUAUAGAAGAUUAUCUCAACCACCGACCGAACCUGCUCCUCAAUAUUCAACAAACUUGCCUAACAAUUUGCAGGCGUUGCUGAAGUAUCAAGCACAAAUACCCUACAAUAUAAUCGCCAAUCAAAUCAGAUACGUUCCCGAUAAGCCUUACGUACCGCAACCGAUUCAACAGCCGAAUACUCAAGCUGCCCAACCAGCUCAAUAUCAAGGCCAAGGUGACCAUUAUCAAGGUCAAGCGAGCACGUACACACAAUCACAGAUAAACACCUACCAGGAUUAUCCGCAGGAACAAACAGCUGCUUAUUAUGGUCAGGGACAAGGAGUACGUCCUGUCACAGAAAAUCAUCAGUACUAAAAAGAAUGAGUGAGAUAGAGAGA